GGCGGCAUUGUUCCACCCAGCUUGGCUGUCUCCAAGCUAAUUGUACAACAACACACCGCGGCUAACACACGCUGUCAUUUCCGACCAACCUGAUCGGGAUAGCCUAACAUCACAGCAAGACGCGGAGCAGCGAGGAUAUCUAGCUUCAUUAGAAUAAGGUUAUUUUCUGACGAGAAACAGCAGAUAGGCGUUUAGCAGGCUGCUCAGCUAACAGGAAGAGCUAAAAGUCUUGUUUGGCUGAUCACCUUCAACUUUAGCCUGCAGCUAUGUGAGCUGCUGCUCUAAUGUGUGUGCUCCCACAUCCAUUCAGUGCCUGGCUGAUACAGCUUUCAAACUGGUCUGGAGGACUUUUACGUAAACCCUGAUUGAUCUGCGGCUGAGUCAGCACCAGAAGUUUAUGUUGCUCUGGAUUGUGGGGUAACUUCCUAUAGCAGCGUCCACAAUGCCUCUGGGACUGGGAAGAAGGAAGAAGGCAUCCCCUUUGGUGGAGAAUGAGGAAGCUGAGCCCAUUCGUGGUUGUCUCAACGUGUCGGGUAUGGAGGGAUUGGAUGGAGGGGUCGUUGGGGAAGGUGUAGGCUCUGACGGCCUUCCUCCCCCACCAAACAACAUGAGACCCCGGCUGAUCUUCCACACCCAACUGGCUCAUGGCAGCCCCACAGGCCGCAUUGAGGGCUUCAGCAAUGUGCGAGAGCUCUAUGCCAAGAUUGGAGAGGCCUUCGGCAUCCCAGCAUCUGAGGUUAUGUUUUGCACACUGAACACUCACAAAGUGGACAUGGAUAAACUUUUAGGGGGACAGAUCGGGCUGGAGGACUUCAUUUUUGCCCACAUUAAAGGCCAGAAGAAGGAAAUAGAAAUCUUCAAAGGAGAAGAUGCUUUAGGAUUGACAAUCACUGAUAAUGGAGCCGGUUAUGCUUUCAUUAAGAGGAUCCGGGAGGGGAGCAUCAUCCACCAAAUUCAGGUCAUUAACGUAGGUGACAUGAUUGAGUCCAUUAAUGGCCAUCGCCUCAUUGGCUGUAGACAUUAUGAAGUUGCCAAAAUGCUGAAGGAGCUUCCUAAGGGGAAAAUGUUCACCAUCAAGCUUGUGGAGCCCCUCAAAGCUUUUGAUAUGAUCGGCCAGAGGUCCUCAGGCUCCAGGUCAGCAUCGGGGGUCCAGCUCGGGACGGGCAGAGGGACCCUUCGUCUGCGCUCUAAAGGUCCUGCCACAGUGGAGGAACUGCCUUCUGCAUUUGAGGAAAAGGCGAUUGAGAAGGUGGAUGAUUUGCUAGAGAGCUACAUGGGUAUCAGAGACAGCGAACUUGCGGCCACAAUGGUGGAGCUGGGCAAAGACAAGAAGAACCCAGACGAGUUUGCCGAAGCUUUAGAUGAAACUCUGGGAGAUUUCGCUUUCCCCGACGAGUUUGUUUUUGACGUCUGGGGCGCCAUCGGAGACGCAAAGGUUGGACGCGUGUAACUGCAGGAGCAAGUGGAGCAGAACGCCUUAUUAACACCCACAGCACUCAACACUACUAACAAAAAACCACAACACCACCAUCAUGAGUUUAUUUUUAUUCCAGCGUGCAGCACUCCUUGUAUUUUUGUGCAUUUCCAUUCCCUUCGGGAGCCAGAGCAGAACGUCCAGUUACAUGGAAAGGAACGUGACUGCAGUACUUUACUUUGUCUUCCAGCGUUUUUCCAGAAAUGACAUCAUUGAGCGCAUCACGUGACCUCCCGCAUGUUUAUGUUGUAGUUGAAUGUAGUGGAAUGAGCACCGACUCCGUUUACUGAUAUGGGAGAAACAAGAUCUUUUAACAAAAAAAAUCAGAUUCUUUCUGCAACAGCAGAGGAGAAGAUGAGCUGCACGUUACCUCACCUUGUUAGAUAUUGCACAGCACAAGGUCUCCCCUGAAUUACAGCGCUGUUCUGAACCACUUGAUGUUACUGUGAUGGAUCAGUUUUACACGCAUGUGCUGUUACAAUUUUUUUUUUUUUUACAUUUCUUCAUAGCAGCUGGUGGUUUUAUGUUAUAAAUAAAACCUCUGGUUACAAAGAGUUGAUGGUAAACCGUAGAUUACACUAAAAAGAUAAAUGGCUUACUACUAGCGAAGGAGACAGGAGAAGGAACCUGUUUUUUCUAGACUACAGUGUCAAGAGAAAAUCAGUGUUAAAGUCCUGUUACUGAGGGUCGGGCAGCAGGUUGGUUUGUGGACCGUGUCGGCUUAUUUUUUUAUAGCUAGCUGUUUUUAUAUGAGGUGAUGUGAUGUCUAUUUUAAAAAGAAUUGUGUAAAAAGACAAUUUUCACCAUGUCGUGCAUCUUUAUUAUUGAGAGAGCACUAUUAAAGAAACUGUGAUGGUUCGGAGUACCUGUGCAAAAAACAAAAUCUGCAUUUCACCUUUUUUUUUUAUUUUAUUUUUAGAUAACGGUCAUAUUUGAAGACUUUAAGAUGCAUGGUGUUAAAGAACCUGUCAAUAUAUCCAUCCUGCAAAACACCAGAUUUAAAAGAAAAAAGAGGCUUUUGGUGUUCUAACAUUUCCAGAUGAUCCAAAUGUGAUGAAGUUGUUUUGUAGUCUUGUAUCAAUCCUCAUAGUUGAUGAUAAAUCUUUAGGGGUGAUGUAAUUAACUCAUGCUUGGACACUAAUAAUUAUUUUGAUGGCUUUGUGUUACACUGUCCAUGUUCAAAUAUAAUGCAAUAACACCUACAAAGCAUG